AUCAGCUGUGAUGGGAGUGGACUAUAACACGAAGCGGAAGGGAGUCUGGGGCACCGGUCAGCUCGAGGUGCUUGUAAAUAUGAAGGCAAAAUCGCGAGUCACAGCACUUAUGGUUAACGUCGACAUGCUUUCUCCUGUACAGCAGAGAGAGCUUUACAACAUAUUCCAUGUCCCUAUUUAUGAUCGGUAUAACAUCGUUCUUUCGAUAUUCAAGCACUAUGCUAAAACACCCGAGGCGCAUCUCCAAAUCCAGCUUGCUGAAAUACCUUACAUCAGAAAUCGCUUACAUUAUGUUAAUAAAUAUCACUCCGACCCUGGUAUGCUACACAUUGAGCGUCAACCAGAACGAGCCAGCGUCGAUGAAUUCGAAGUGCUACGCCUACGCGAACAAAGUCUCCGAAAAAAAUUACAAGCAGUAAUGGAUAAAAACACUGGAAAAGCCAUGGAAGAAACACGAGAUGCGGCAAUGGUCGCUGUUGUAGGGUAUACGAACUCUGGUAAAACUAGUCUGGUGAAAUGUCUCACUGGAGCCGCAAGUUUGGAUCCUAAAGAUCGGCUAUUUGCUACUCUAGACACUACGAGGCAUUUGGCCAGGCUCCCGUCGGGUCGCAAAGUAGUGUUCACGGACACCAUUGGAUUCCUAAGUGACUUACCAAUCCACCUCCUUGCUGCUUUCCAGGCUACUCUUUCCCAUGUUGUCUUAGCUGAUGUCAUAAUUCACAUUCGUGAUAUUUCAAACCCGGAUUGGCCAGCGCAGAGCGAAGACGUGGACAACACCUUGAAAGAAAUCGGUUUGCCUCCGAAUCGCUUGAAUGAUGUCAUCAUGGUUGAUAAUAAGAUCGACGUUAAUGGAGCACCGCGUACAUCUGCUCCAAGCGCGUUGAGGAUUUCGUGCAAAACCUCUGAAGGGGUUGAGAAUCUGAUAGCAAAAGUAGACGAAGUAAGUGAAUUUGGAACAAUUUUUUCUUAA